AUGUUGGUAUUGGAUAAACAAAUAAGUGCGCAUUAUGCAAAUUUAUUGAAGGAAAUUGGAAUAAAAACGCGUUACACUCUAGAUGUAGAACACGUUUUUGGAAAUCUUAUAAAUAUUGCCAAAGAAAGCAAACAAUUCGACAUUAACGAUCAGCUCGUUGAAACUUUGUAUACAGUGACAAUGGAAAUAUAUAUGUAUUUGAAUGGUGUACUUCAAAGUGAUACUUGGGGAAUGAGAAGACUGAACAGUUCUUUAGAGGAAAUGAAACGUUAUUCUGUCAUAUUUUUGCAUGAUACUUUUCUUUGUCCAGAGAAAGUGUUUGAAGAAGUAGCUUAUGAUUGUAAACCAUAUUUCUACAGCGUUCACAAUGCGCCCCAUUUGAAAUAUUUAAAGCAUUUCCUUAAGUGUAUUGGGAUCAGACAACGAGUUGGAGUGAAUUUAAUAUUAGAUACAUUUGUUUCGUUUAAGAGUAAAUACCACAAUUCCCCACUUCCGUAUAGGGACAUAAAAAUCUAUAUUAACCUUUUGUUUCAACUUGAACAAUCUAUGAACAUUGAACACACAAAGCUUAAGUCACUUCCUAGUAUUAUGGUUCCUGAUGAUGCAAAUGUGUUAACCUCAACAAAGUUAUUAUGCGUCCAAGAAAGUGACAUUGAGUCUAGGCGACCAAUGAGAUUUACGCAUGAACUGAUAUCACCUGCAUUAGCAUCAUCCUUAGGAAUACUAUCCAAAAGAAAAAAGAAACUUCAACUAUGUUCAAGGACACGGAGGUUUGGUCAGCGAGAGGAACUCACCACAAGAAUAAAGAGUAUAUUAGACGGGUAUCCAUGCGAUUCUGGUGUUUUAAAAGAACUUGUACAAAAUGCGGACGACGCAAAGGCGUCUGAAAUCCACAUAGUGGCAGAUUUCAAUAAUCAUCCGUCCGAUAAGUUGUUUGAUGAAUCAUGGAAACCUUUACAAGGACCUGCUUUGCUUGUAUACAGCGAUAGUGCUUUCUCUGAGCAAGAUUUGGAUGGAAUACAGGAUUUAGGCAUCUGUAGUAAACGGAUGGACCCAACAAAAACAGGACAAUAUGGUGUUGGCUUUAAUGUUGUCUAUCAUUUAACUGAUGUUCCAUCGUUUCUGACCAAAGGUCCAGAAGUUGAAAGUGGGCGGAUUUUGUGUGUUCUUGAUCCAAACUGUAUUUGUGUUCCUGAUGCAACACCAUCAGCGUCUGGUAUAGAAUAUAUACAACUUGAGGAACUUUGGGAGGAUUACUCGGAUGUGUUUGAAUGCUACCAUUCUGAUCUACUGUUGAAAGAAAAGGAAACAAUAUUUCGUUUACCCCUUAGGACAGCUUCAUUUGCGAAGCAAUCAAAACUGAAGAACACGGUUGUAGAUGAAACGUAUGUUAGAAAUAUCUUAGAUUUGUUCGUAAGCGACCUACCUGACUUACUCUUAUUCGUUACCAAUAUAGAAAAAGUUACCUUUUCGGAAAUAGUGGAUAAUUCAUUGCAGGAGAUUUACUCAGUUAAUAUAAACAAAUCCAAUUUAGAAGGACGUCAACAAUUUCUUAAAAACGUCUGCCAGGCAGCUGACAUUGUAUCAAAGACUGGCUUAUACAGCCAAAUAAAUCCAUCAGAUGUUAUGUAUGAAGCUUCUGUUUAUGAUAGCAAUGGAAUAGAGAAAUCUUGGUUAAUUGUGAAUGGUUUGGGAUUUACAGUAGAAAAAGGCAAAAAUGAUGUUACAAUCGCUCUUCAAAAUAUGCAACUCAAUCUGAUGCCUCGAGGUGGAAUUGCGAUUGAUAUUACAAAAACUGAACAAGCAGAGGAAAAAUUUGAAGGAAAGCCAUAUUGUUUUUUACCUUUAGAGAAUUCCACUUGUCUUCCGAUUCAUUUUAACGGACACUUUGUGUUAGAUCAUGAAACCAGGCGAAAUUUGUGGGAUGAGGAUCGUCAAAGCUAUCGAUCAAACUGGAACAAGCUUAUAUUAGAUCUGAUCGUUGCUCCAUGCUAUGUUUCAGCUUUGGUAUUUCUACAAAAAAGAAUAAAAACAGCUAAACCAACUGAAACAAGUCGACUGUUAGAUAACGAAACUACAUUCAGUCUUACGUUUUUUCACAGCAUUUUCCCCAACAUAAAGAAAGCUAAAAAUAAUUAUGUGCAGUAUCUAAUUUGUUGCGUUUAUAAAUACAUACACAAAUCCAAUGUUGAACUAUUUGCUAUUAGCGUUGAUAAUACCAUUAAGUUUGUGUCAUUAAGAAACAACCGUAAAGAAUUUGAAGCCGUUUGGAAGAGUUUACAAUUUGAUGAGGCGAGUUUUCCCUUCUCAACUCGGAUACAAAGCAUAACCGGGGCCUUUUUCAAAUGUAGAAAGACAUUUACGAUCGCUGAUAUAUGUAAAAGUCUAGGAGUACAACUCGUUGACACACCAAUGUUUGUCUUGGAAAGCAUGCGUUUUUCAGGGUUGAAAAUCCAGAAAAUUUCACCAACAUUUUUGAUCAUGUUUAUGAAAUCAGUUGAUAUUAUGAAAGGUGAAACAGAAAUAGAAUUGCAUAAGUCACAAUUUCUCACAUUAGAUCGUUUACUGACAUGCAUAGAAUACUGCAAGAAAGACGAGAAUUUUAAAGACAAAAUAUUAGGGCUUCCAAUAUGCCUAAGACAGGACAAAAUGAUUCAAAAAUUUGGUUUAUCUACUUAUUUAGCAGACUUAAGAAUUUGCUGUUUAGUCCUUUUGAGUUAUGCGGGAUUUUUAAGAUACAGUGAACUUUCUCAUUUGAAAGCACCGAAUUUACGAUUUUACGAUUCGCAUGUCGAAAUCACCAUAGUAUCUAGCAAAACCGACGUUUACAGACAAGGCAAUUUAGUUGUGAUAGCAAAAACUAACUCUGAUUUAUGUCCAGUUGCAAUGUUAAAAAGAUAUUUGAAAGCAGCAAAUAUUUCCCUUUCUUCAGAUGAGUUUAUCUUUAGAGCUAUUUCUUUUUUAAAGUCCAGGAAUAUUCAUAUUUUGUGUAAAGCUAACAAACCAUUGUCAUACACACGAGCUCGACAGCUGUUAUUAAGCACAUUGUCAGAAGUAGGUUGUAAAAAAGAACAAUUUGGUCUUCACAGUUUAAGAAGCGGCGGGGUUUCAGAAGCUGCACAUAAUCGCAUCCCUGAAAGACUAUUAAAAUCACAUGGUCGUUGGAAGACGGAUUUGGCUAAAGACGGUUACAUAAAAGAAAACCUUAAAAAUAGAUUGCCAGUUCCCAAAGGUUUGAAUUUAUAGUUAUUAAUGAAAUGUCAAUAGCCACACUACACAUUUAUACUUUUACCUUUGUUUUGUCGAACUGCUUUGGUGCAUCUCUCAAUUCACAUCAGUCUUUAGUUGUCUUUGAAGUAAUCAGAAAAGUUUUAUGUUCGGAUGAGCAAGCGAAGGAGAACAUAAGAAACAAUAUUAGCAACUAUUAAUUAAAUUUGAUUAUAAUAUGGAAAUAGAUAUAACAUGAUAUCUGAUUUUAGAGAAGUAUUUUGCUGGUUUUUUAUUGGUUUAUGUAAAUAAGUUUGAGUUAUUUGUUUUGAAAAGCGAUGUGUUUAAUUGAUAGAUAUAAAAUCAUAUCUAAUUUCAGAGAUUUAUGAGUGGUUAAGUCAUAUCUAAUUUUAGAGAAUUAUUUUGGUGUUUUGUUACUGGUUUUUUACUGGUUUAUGGAAAUAAGUUUGAGUUAUUUGUUUUGAAAAGUGAUGUGUUUAAUUGAUAGAUAUAAAAUUAUAUC